AUGACCUCCGCAGGCUUCCGUGACUCAAUGAACUCCUUGGGUUGGUCCAGAAGGGAGCCGGAGUAUACCGCCAACACCAACUCCUCUACACCCUUCCUCUCGACAUUGUCGUCUCUCAAUCCGUUUCAGCGAGGCGGCUAUGUGCAACUGCCCACUCAUGAAGCCCCCGGCGCUCCUCUGCCGGCACCGUCGCGACGAGAAGAAGAGGAAGGUUGGUUUGCACUGAGCCGGUGGGAUCGCCUGAUGAUCUUCGGAGGCUGUAAUCUGGCAGCGCUCGCUUGCUUCGUCGUCUGUUUUGCACUGUUCCCGAUUUUGUUUCCGCAGCCUCGCAAAUUUGCCAUACUGUGGUCUGCAGGUUCUAUCCUCUUUCUGGCCUCGUGGGCGGCUCUCAUGGGCCCCAGGGCCUACGCCACUCAUCUUAUCUCUGGUCCUCGAUUGCCCUUCACUGCCGUCUACUUUGGCUCGAUCGUUAUGACGGUCUAUUUCGCCGCUGGGCUGCAUUCGACGAUCUUGACGAUCCUCUUUGCAGGAGUUCAGCUCGUGGCACUGAUCUGGUAUUUGAUCAGCUACUUCCCCAUGGGCAGCAGCGGCCUCCGGUUUGCAGCUAGGGUUGGGGGCGGUAGAAUAACUGCGUGGAUGAACGAUUGA